AUGAGCGAUGCAAAGAAGGUAGCAGUGGAUUGGCACAAGGUGCUGCAGAUCAACAACUACUAUGAUGAGAAGAACACUGAGUGGCUGCAGAAACUGAAGGAUUCAGGAUAUGAGGUGCACUUGCUCAGCUACUGUGGCUACCAAAGAAGCCAAGAGGUCUAUGCAUGGGCCUGGUCUGUCUGGGAUGGCUGGGCCUGUGUGAGCUUCACAUGGAGCCAGUGUGGCUUUCAAGGGGAAGCCAGAUGGGCUUCCGGCGCUGCCAUGGGGGUGGCUAGACUGGUGACUGCGGCGGUCCUGGCCGGUUCGAACCAGGGGUGGUGGAAUGCCUCCGCCCCACCGUCACCAGCCCCAUCUCGGACGUGGUGGCAGGAGAAGGCUGACGAGUGGCUGCCCUCAAUGGCCCCUUGGACUGAAGGGGUCAAGAAUGGUUUUGACCGGCUCACGGCUAUCCCAGAGGUUGGCACCGAGAGCGGGUUCGACUGGGGCAUCUGGACUUUGGCAGAUACCCUGUUCAGCCUGCUAGGAUGGGCUUGCUUCGGCAGCGCAUGGGCUGGAGUGAGGAACGGGUGCAAGCGCCAGUGCUGCAUCCUGUUGGGCUGCUGCAUUGUUGCCCAUUACAUCUGGGCGGUGUGCUGGCCGGUGGUGUCUUUGAUGUGCGCCAUCGUGGUGACCGUCAUCUGGCUGGCACGUCGGCUACUUCGCGGCCUGGGGGCCAUGGUGUUCAUUGUGCAGAAGUGGUUGGGGGGAACACCCGAGGCUUCCGAAGCGGACUACUACGGCCCUGGAACAGGUCAGCUACCUGAGACCACUGAGCUCCGCAAGUUCAAGUACCAGGCAACGGUGGACAAGUGGGUGGUGGUCAAACAGAACGACAUGACCGCGGUCUUCAAGGUCCACCUUUGCAGGAGUGAUGAUUGCUCUGAGCCCGGCUACCACUUCAAGGUGUACGGGCUGACCAAGAAGGUGGACUUCGAGAGCUUCAACUUCCAUCAGGCCAACCAGGAAGCACGAACUUGGGGCGCCCGAGCUUGGCAAUGGGCGGUUGGGGGUUCGAAGACUUUGGUCACAAAGGUGAGAGACUUGGGCUCCGAGUCUGAACGUGAUGAAGAACCUUGCCAAGCUCAUCGCGUGUUUUGGAGUAAUGAACGUGGUGAUGAGCGUCUAGCUUCCGCACCUUGCCGCCAACAAGCUCGCGAUCGAACUUCACUUCUCAAGGAGGACCAGCUCGGGGAGCAGGACACGAUCCCGUUGUGCGAGACCCACAGCUCCCAGUACGUCCUGAAGCGCUUUGCCACGCUGAGCAUGGUGGAAAAGGGCGGCAUGGGCAACCUGCUCAUUGGGGCCCCUCGAAUCUUCGGUCGUGACACUGACCGCAAGGCAGGAGCACGGGAGGAAACCUCUGACCCCAUGGCCAAGCUCACGCAGGCGAUCCAGAAAGAGACCUCAGAGAUAGCGACUCUGGUACGAGCACAACAAGAUUCGGGACAACAUCCACCGGGGUCUGUCAAGGGUUUGGGGAGGGAAUCAGAAGAACUGGUUUUCCUGAUGAGAGCCUGUGACCAGUACGAUGUGAAGGUAUGCCCUGGGGACGUGGGCACGGCUUUGGCCAAUGCUUUGUUAGCUGCUCAAGUGGGGGCCUCUACGAAGUUGCGGGCUCUGGGCUACCGACAAAAAAUUUCGACGAGGCUAGCGUUUGGCCUCUCUCGCCCUUACUCGGGGACGACCGACCGACACUCCCUCACAGCUGCGGACUUCAUCCAGGUGACCGACGCGGAGCUCGAUGCCUUUGCGUCCGAAGCUCGGGAUUUGAAGGGCCAAGGGGAGCAGAGACCGGCACCGCCUACAAGACUGGACGAGUGGAUCUCCAGAGUGAAGAGGCAAAACCAGAUCUGGUCCGUCGUCUACGGCAUGGAAUGGCUGGAGGUAAAGGAGCACGCUUUGAGCCUGCUGGCGAGCUGGCAUCAGGAGCUUCCCCACAAGUGGCCGUUGCAGAUCGUGAUGGACGCGUGGGAGGAACUGCAGAUUCAUGGAAGAGAUGAAAGAACUCCUUCGCCAGCUAAAGAAGACGGCCAACCAGCAGGCUCCGAGUCCCAAGUUACGCAGGCAUCGUGA